GUUCGUUCAUUCAUGACCGACACACCACUACAAGGCUACGGCGUCAACGGUGAAAGAAGUCGGCAAGGAAUGAGCACUAACUCAAUAAUAUGGAGGUACUUCGAAUCCCGAAGGCAUAUGCUGGAGCCUAUCCCAGCUGACUUGGAAGAGAGGCGAUGUACACCCUGGACUGGUCGCCAGCCAAACGCAGGACGCAUGCAGUAUCGACAAACAUCAAGGAGAACAUGCAAAAGGAGCCCAGAGUCCAGAAGGAGGCUGACGUCAUUGCAGCGCCCAGACAGCCAUAACCAAUGAAAUGCUGAGACAAAAUGCAUUAUGGGGAAAACUUGCAGUGGUACUUGAAUUGAAUAUUUCUUAGCUACCUUUUGAGUGUUAAGUUGGUGCAUGAUGAGUUAAGCGUUCUACGUAAGAUGAGUCAGAAUGUCGUAUUGAGUAAUGACCUCCAAUUGAGUGCAUGACAUAAUCAGUUCACAGUUCCACAUGUCCGAAAGGAGUAGGAAGAAGCAAAGCUUACAAAUUAUUAGUUUGGGUUCCAAUGCUUUAUUAAAAAUGUUACAGUGUGACUUUGCGGCAAUUGCCUGGUGGUUUGCACGUUUAAACGUUUUCUAGGGUAGAAAUACCAAUUUUGAUUCUCAUCAUAUUAAUAUCACAUUAAUUAUAGGCCUAUUUAAUAACAUUUAAUUUCCCCAUCACAUAUGGCGUCGCUGCUACUGGAACCUUAAUUUCCCUGUGGACACAGCCUGAGGUAUCAAUAAAGUUUUAUUUCAUCUAAUCUUGUUAGCUAAUAGCCAGUUAGCUAUUUAGUUAGCUAUAUGCGUAAAUAACAUUUAAAAUAUAAAAAGGUAUACACCAUAUAGAAGAUAAAAACAGUGUUAUUUUCAUUAGCUCCUAAGAGAGUGGACACUUGAACGCGGGAACAUAAACGAGCAGUCAGUCCGGUUCCACUCGGCGUCGCCAUACCCAGAAAGAGCCUGGCGGGCCCGGCCAUGUUUUGUUUGCAGCCGCGGAGCCCGAGUCCCAGUCACAGUCAGUAAUAGAAUAGCCGAUGUAAUUUGACACUUCAACUUACUGCGCUCCGCCGGAGUCUGUCCACUUACUCGCUCGCUGACGUCGAGCCGUUCGCGGGGACAAUAUUUAAAAACAACAAGAGGCGACAAUUAGCCGAGGACUUUCUCCGCUUUCCCCCCACCCCCCUCCUCCCAAGCCGGAACAAAAGACGGAGUGCUGGGGUUUCUUCUCCCGCCGUGUUAAUGGGUGGGGGGGUCUUCCGAGGAGAAGAAUCGAGAAAGAUUAACGCCGAAACACAGAGCUCUGCAGUUUAAUGGCUGGCAGGUAGGGGCCGACGAGGGACAACCAUCAUGAACUCCAUUCCGUCCAUGGAUAGACACAUACAGCAGACCAAUGACCGGCUGCAGUGUAUCAAACAGCACUUACAAAAUCCAGCAAAUUUCCAAACGGCAGCUACGGAGCUGUUGGACUGGUGCGGCGACCCCCGAGCCUUCCAACGCCCUUUCGAGCAAAGCCUGAUGGGAUGCCUCACGGUGGUCAGCCGUGUCGCCGCACAGCAAGGCUUCGACUUGGACCUGGGCUACCGACUCUUGGCGGUGUGCGCCGCCAAUCGCGACAAGUUCACUCCAAAAUCAGCGGAAACCAACUGCUGCAGGAGGUGUCAGUCUGACUCAGCUCUUCUGUCAUCGUGGUGUGAGGAACUGGGACGCCUUCUCCUCCUCCGUCACCAGAAGAACCGGCAGAACGAGCCCCCGGGAAAAGUGCCCAUGCAGCCCCCCAUGAGCUCCAUGAAGCCCGGCCUCUCACACGGAGAUGGGUCUUUCCCCUACGACUCGGUCCCCUGGCAACAGAACACCAACCAACCUCCAGGCUCGCUCUCCGUGGUGACCACGGUCUGGGGUGUCACCAACACCUCUCAGAGCCAGGUUUUGGGGAACGCCUUGAACAACAACAACAACCCCAUGAACCCAGGAAGCAACCCCAUGGGUUCGGGGAUGUCGGGUAACAAUCCAGGGAUGAACCCCUCGCAGUUCACUGGUUCUCAGCAGCAAUUCCCCAACAAAGGCAACUCCAACCAGGGUUACAUGCAGCAGGGCAUGUACGGGCGCCCUAACUACCCCGGUGGGGGCGGCUUUGGGGGCAACUACCCUGGAGGUCCGAAUGCUGGACCCGGAGGCAUGGGAAUGCCGCCACACUCCCGCCCACCGUCGGACUUCACCCAGCCGGCAGCUGCUGCGGCGGCGGCGGCCGUCGCUGCCGCCGCCGCCACGGCGACCGCCACUGCCACCGCCACAGUCGCCGCUCUGCAGGAAACCCAGAAUAAGGACAUGAAUCAAUACGGACCAAUGAGUUCCUCCUUCCAGAUGGGACCAAACCAAGCGUACAAUAGCCAGUUUAUGAACCAGCCAGGACCCCGUGGACCCCCAUCUCUACCUGGCAACAUGGGCUCCGGCAUGAACGCAUCAAAUAUGAGCGGACCCCCAAUGGGGAUGAACCAACCCAGGAGCCAAGGCAUGGGGCCCUUCGGGGGCCACGGCCAAAGAAUGCCCCAGCAGGGGUACGCCGGCCCCCGGCCACAGGGCAUACCUAUGCAGGGCAUGAAGAGGCCAUAUCCUGGGGAGCCGAACUAUGGGGGGCAGCAGUACGGACCAAACAACCAGUUCCCCAACCAGCAGGGUCAGUACCCGACACCCAAUGCUUCCAGGCAGCUGACGUCCAACAGUUACCCCGGCCAACGGAUGCCCGGGCAGCAGCUUCAGUCCCAGUACCCGCCCCCCAGUGGUCCUAUGGGACAGUAUUAUAAGCAAGAGCCGCCUUUUAACGGCCAAACCAACAACUUCUCCGGGAGCGGUUAUCAGUACAACCAGGGGAAUAUGAACGGGCCACCCAGACCCAUGGGCAACUACCCCCACUCUCCAGUACCGGGCAACCCCACCCCUCCGAUGACGCCAGGAAGUAACAUCCCUUCGUACUUAUCCCCCAAUCCGGAUGUGAAGCCCCCGUUCCCGCCUGACAUCAAGCCAAAUAUGUCCGCUCUUCCUCCACCGCCAGCCAACCACAACGAGGAGCUGCGCCUCACCUUCCCGGUGCGGGACGGCGUGGUCCUGGAGCCCUUCAGGCUCGAGCACAAUCUGGCUGUCAGCAAUCACGUCUUCCACUUACGGCCCUCAGUGCACCAGACUCUUAUGUGGAGGUCGGACCUGGAGCUGCAGUUCAAGUGCUACCACCACGAGGACCGCCAAAUGAACACCAACUGGCCGGCGUCGGUGCAGGUGAGCGUCAAUGCCACGCCCCUCACCAUCGAGCGGGGGGACAACAAGACGUCCCACAAGCCUCUGCACCUGAAGCACGUCUGCCAGCCGGGCAGGAACACGAUCCAGAUCACCGUCACCGCCUGCUGCUGCUCGCACUUAUUCGUGCUGCAGCUGGUCCACAGACCGUCGGUCCGAUCUGUUCUUCAGGGUCUACUGAAGAAAAGACUCCUACCCGCCGAGCAUUGCAUCACCAAAGUCAAGAGGAACUUCAGCAGCGUCGCAGCGUCCUCGGGCGGCGGCGGCGCCGCCCUCAACGGCGAGGACGGCGUGGAGCAGACGGCCAUCAAGGUGUCCCUCAAAUGUCCCAUCACCUUCCGGCGAAUACAGCUACCCGCGAGAGGACACGACUGCAAGCACGUUCAGUGUUUCGAUUUGGAGUCGUAUCUACAACUGAACUGCGAGCGAGGCACAUGGCGGUGCCCCGUAUGCAAUAAAACAGCCUUGUUGGAAGGUCUGGAGGUGGACCAGUACAUGUGGGGCAUCUUGAACGCCAUACAAAACUCAGAGUUUGAGGAGGUGACAAUCGACCCCACGUGCAGCUGGCGGCCGGUGGCCAUCAAGUCUGAGAUCCACAUCAAGGAGGACCCCGACGGUCCUCUGGCCAAGAGGUUUAAGACCAUGAGCCCCAGUCAGAUGAUCAUGCCCAACGUCAUGGAGAUGAUCGCCCAGCUCGGCCCCGGACCCUCGCCGUACUCGUCUCAGCAGGGGGGCAACAACAGCGAAUACGGCGGUCAAGGCAACAGCUACCAAGGCCACGGCAACUUCGACUUCCCUCACAGCACGCCGGCCGGGACGUCGAUGAACGACUUCAUGCACGGCCCCCAGCUGUCCCACCCGCCCGACAUGCCCAACAGCCUGAUGUCGCAGGACAAGCCUCUUUCGCAUAACAUGGCCGACUCGAUACCUCACUCUUCCAGCAACGAGCAGUCACAAGGUCCCCUGCAGCACAGCUUACAUGGUUCCCCCCACCCGGGGACCCAAUCGGGGCAGCAGCUACACCACAGCGGACCACCGCCACCCACCCGACAAGCUCCGCCCCCUCCUCAACAACAGCAACAACAACAACAGCAGCAGCAGCAACAACAGCAGCAAUCUGGCCCAAAUAGUCAUCCCCACGGCGACCUGACCUUUAACCCCUCCAGUUUGGACAGCCAAGCCGGCUCGGACAUGCCGGAACCUUCUUUAGACCUUCUUCCAGAGCUGGCCAACCCGGACGAGCUCCUGUCCUACCUGGACCCCCCAGACCUCCCCAGCAACAGCAACGACGACCUCCUGUCUCUGUUUGAAAACAACUGAGGCGUGUGCCUGGGGGGGGGCGUGUUUUUUUUUGUUUUUUUUUGCGCCCCCCGAUGCCGCUCUCCAUACUUGACGAACACAAAGAUGCACUCCCACUUCUCUUCUUCCUUCUUGUACAGUUUUAUUUAGGGGGGGGGGCAAAAGUCCUAAAAGGCACGUCGGGGGGGUCCUUUGGAAGUGUGCAGCUAAAAUCCCUCGUUUUUUUAAACUCCACACUUGUAGCAUUUUUAUCCAGGCAUAAAAUUCCUCCGUUGGUAAAGGCCGCCACACAUCAUUUAACACGAGAUCAAUACAACACAAAAAAUUAAUGAAGAUUAAUUAAUUUUUGAUUUUGUUCCUUUUGACUGUCAUUUUUUUUUUUUGUGAAGUCCGAUCAGUUUUAUAUGUUUCUAUGUAGUCAUGAGUCACUAACAGAGAUGGGCAUAGCAAUGGAUUAAUCUGUUAAUUAAUCCAUUAAUCAAAACAAAUAUUUGGGAAAACGAUUCUUGCAAAAAAAACAACUGGUUUAAAAGUUAAAUAUUAUUUUUUAAAUGGCAGAAUAUACUAACUUGAAUAUUCUAAAGCAGCUAUUUUUUUUAGCCUACUUUUGCGUGUUGUAGCAAUUUUUUUUUUUGCUAGCCGUCAUGUUUAUUUUUAUUUGAUUUUAUUUUUAGAAUUGAAACAGACCAUGGAAAAAAACAUAAAUAUUAUUUUUAAUUCAACAUAAGGGUCCUAAAAAAAUUUUUUUGCACACCAUAAAUGGCCCUUGUGUCGCAAAUUGGACACCAAUGUUGCUAUGUAAAGUUUGUGUCAUAGUAUCAAUAAUUUGGACCUUUCAGCGAAUGAAGAAAAUGCAUUAUUUUAUUUUUCUGCCAUUGAAAAAUAUUAAUUUUUUUUUUUUAAACAAGAUUAAUUUGCCUCAUAAUUCAAAGUCAGUGAAUCAAAUGCCAAAAUCCCUCGUUUCUAUCUUAUGUUUCCUGCUACUUUUUUUUAUUAUUUUGUGCAAAACUGUAUCUCUCCUCCUCUUAAAUGAUGUGCAAAAGUGUGCCAAUCAGUACAUUUGGAAGCUAAGCGUUUGUUUUAAUUUCACAACACUAAUAUAGAAGGGAUAGAAAUGCACAUAUCAAUUUACUGGAUUUUUUUUGUUUGUUCUGCUGCGUUUGCUGCCUCAUUACACCAUUUAUUUUGGGGAAUGGCUCACCAAAGUUGGAAAAAUGAAGACUGUGUGUGUAUGAGUGUGUGUGUGUGUAUGUGUGUGUGAAGGUCCUAUUUGACAGUUCAUCAUGAAACGCAGUAUCGGUGCCACAUUUCCUUUCCUCUUUAAUGAUAAUGCUGUUCCAAUAUGCAAAUGUAUUAUUUUCUAAGAAAUGCUAUUGUACUGUAAAUAUAUCAUUGUGAAUAUUUUUAUAUAAUUUCCUCGCAUCACCGCGUUCCUGUUCCCCAAAACUGACCUCCACCGCUGCCGCCGCCUUUGUGUACACGUCACAUGACCAGCCCACUUGUCCUAAGUUAUUUCCAUGUUUUUUUUUUAAAUCGUUAUCAUGUAUUUUUUUCUAUUAUUUUUUUUUCUUUUCUUUAAGUGUUAUUAAUUGAGCUGUCUUUGAGUGUAAUGUGAAUAUCAUAAUUGUUUGUUUUUUAAGAUAUAUCACAAAAGUCUAUUGUUUAUAGUUUUUUUUUUUAAUCGGGCUUUUUUUUAAAAAACACAAAAAAUUUUAAUCCCUCUUUUUUGUAAUUUAUUUUAUACCGUUUUUAAUUUUCUUUUUACUAUAAAUAAUCUGUAAGGCUAGAAAUCCAAUGUCUCUCACUGUAGCAUGACGCUAAUAAUUAUAAGCGUUCCAGUUCAACACACUGACAUGUUUAAAUCAGUGACAAUACACUGCCACAUUAUUUUCAUUUUUUUAUUAUUAUACAACAAUGUUUUUGCAUUCAAGGGGAGCCACUUUUGAUGUAUUUGGGCAGCACCCUCAAUCUGUAGUUGCACAAUCACAUGAAAAGCCUCUCGUUGGAAUAAAACAUACAAAAGUGAGUGAAAUAAUAAUGUAACGGGCAAAAAAGCGAGGUGGUCACGUGUCCUAAGGAUGUGUGUAAAUACUGUAUGUAAAUGAAUAUAGAGACAUGUGGACAGAAAUGUAUUCAUGUUCCCUGGGAAUGUGCAUUGUUUCCUCAGAUUAAUAAUAAAAAAUUAUUCAAAAAAAAAAAAAAAAAGCUUGCAAACCCCUCUACUGGAAAUUGCUAGUUGGUGUUCCAUCACUUGCAUACAAAACUUUAAAAAAAAAAAAAAGCUUCCACGCAAAAAUACAUUUUUUAAAAUAUAUAUAUAUCAUUGACUGAUGUCUCUGUUUGUACAUUGUAUGUACACUCAUUCCAUACUCAACUACUGCAAAAAAGACAAAGGAACUAAUUGUGUGGUUUUUUUUAGUCUUGCACAAUUGUAUGACGUUAAACCAUGUGACACCCUAAUAUUUAUCUAAUAAAUAUGUAUUCA